AUGCAUAUUGAGAAGAACUUUUUCGACAACCUGAUGAACACGAUCCUUAACGUUCAAGCGGCCAAAGAUGCGUUCUUUGAUUGGAUUUCAAAGGAUGUGGAAUUUCCAGACGGUUAUGCAUCUAAUUUGGGUAACUGUGUCGACAGAAGGGAAGGAAAGUUUACCGGCUUAAAGAGUCACGAUUGCCAUGUAAUGAUGCAGCGCCUCCUUCCGUUCGCCUUCAAGGAACUAUUACCAAAGAAUGUUUAUGAAGCAGUUGCCGGGAUAAGUGCUUUCUUCCGAGAUUUAUGCACGAGAUCAGUUACUCCUGAAUGUAUUGAAAACUUGAAGACUAACAUAGCCGUGAUUAAGGUAGAAGGUUCUAUAGUGGCACAGUUUAUCAGAGCAGAAACUUCAAACUUUGCGGAGCACUACUUUCCAGGAGAAGUGCAGACGAAAAGCAGAAAACCCGCUCGGCAUGAUGAUAGAGGCGAAAGGGCAACAUAUUAUGUUACGGUUCCAGACAUCUUCACAGAUGUUGGACGACUCAGCGGAAAACCAAAGAACCGUCAACUUACUGAAGAGGAACACAGUCAAUUGCAAAUAUAUUUGCUCACCAACUGCGAAGAUGUUUUUCAAUACGAGAGGAUUUUCAUGGCGGAAAAGCGGUUCGAAUAUAGACACGCCACAGAGGAGGAACUAGAAGCACUGAAGAUGAGAGAAUUUGCUGGAUGGAUGCGUACUUAUGUGUCUGAUGGUAUGGCCAGAGGUGAAACAAUUAAUGAUUGGCUACGCGAGAUGAUUUGGGGCCCAAAGUAUGUUGUGAAGUCAUAUCCGAGAUUUGCUUCUCGGGGAUAUGCAUUCACAACUUCUAAGAGGAGACGUUCGAGUAAGACUUAUAAUGCUGGCGUUUGCUCUGCAGCUGGAGAUGAUGUAUACUACGGAAACAUACGCGAGAUUUUGGAAAUCGUGUAUCCGGGCAUGGUUGGAUUGCGGUGCACAGUUUUCUAUUGUGACUGGUACGACAACACUCCGGAUCGAGGUGUCACAACAGAUGCAUUUGGUGUCACAUCAGUACAUUCGAGGCGAAAACUGCCAUAUUAUGAUCCUUUCAUUCUUGCUUCUCAGGCCGAUCAGGUUUGUUAUAUCAAAUACCCCCGGGUUACGAACAGAGAUGAUCCAUGGGUUACUGUUACAGCACUCAACCCGAGAAGCCGAGUUCAAGGAAGUUCUGAGUUGGAAGACCCACUCCAACCAAACACAUCCGGCAACUUAAGUGCAGCAGGAGAUGUAGCUGCAGUUGAUCUUGUUAUCGAUUUCACCGAUUUUGGAGACGAAGCCGUUGUUCACGUCGAAGAUGAACCAGAGAUUGGAGAGUUUCACCAAGAUCCAGAUUCAGAUUCAUCUGGUGGUGAUGAUGGUGACUCGGGUUCAGAGGAUGAACCAGAGAUUGGAGAGUAGUAUAGUUUUUU